CUACAUGGGGCUCGAACCCGCAGACCGUGAGAUCAUGACCUGAGCCGAAAUCACGAGUCAAACACUUAACCGACUAAGCCACCCAGGUGCCCCAUGACCCCUGUUUUACCGAUGAGAAAGCUAUGGUUGAGAUAGAUCUAGUAACGCAGUCAAGGUUGUAUUCUCUCAAGUGACAGAUCUGGAAUUCCAACAGGCCUCUCACCUCUAUCGAGUUCUUGCAGCUGAGCAAUAUUUUAUAUUGCACAGUAAAAAAAAAUGAUAACUUUGGUUUCUCCUUUCGGGAAAUGUAAAAACAAUUAUCUCAAUGUAUUUUGUGCUCAUUCUAGUUAAUUUGUUAUAAUGUAGGGUAUAUCAUCUAAAGUAAGAGUUACAUGUUUCAUGUUAGCUGAUUUCCCCCCCUCCCCCAAACCAGCUAUUGAAUGCCAUCAUUUAAGAAAAUGUGUUAAAGACGCUGCGAUGCCAUAUAAAAUAGCAUCUAAACUGGGACAUUGUUGUCUGAGGCACUUUUGCCUGGGACAGGUGCUCCGUAAAAAAAGACUAGGGACCUAGGGACGGCAGGAAUGAACCAGGAUAGCAGGUCUCCCUAGAUAAGGUGGACCCUGCUCUUGUAAUUCAUCAGCCUUUAGCUGCAAAAAAAAAAAAAAAAAAAAAAAAAAAAAUUGCCUUCUGAUUUUUGUUACGCUUUUCUGUUGCCUUCCUGUGAUAUGGUUUGGAGGCCAGCAAAUUCAUAAUGGUAGGUUUCUUUCUAGUUUAAUUUGGCAGCUAUGCGGUAAAUCAAUUGAUAGAAUAAAUGAAUCAAACCGUAAGCUUAGUUUAAAAAUGCAUAACAACCCUCUGUGGAAAAUUUAAAUAUGAACGUCAUUAAAAAGUCUGAGUACUACCCUGUAACCUCUUGUGUUUUUGGCAUCUGAAGUAAGUCUGCAAGUAAUAAUUAAAAUCCCUUACAGUUCUCUUUUCUGACUUCAAAAGUACUGCCCAUGAUUGGAGAGACUAAAAUAGAAUGUGCUGUAUGUAUUCUCUUCAGACUGUCUUUUGAUAGGUCUCUCACUCAAAGUCGAGAAAAUGACCUCCCAUUUAAAAUUUUUAAAAGGUAAUUCUAAUCUUCAGCAAAACAGCAAGAAUAGUGCAGUGAACACCUGUAUCUCUUCCUAGGUUUACCCAUUAUUAAUCUUUUGCCAUAGAGUUUUAUCAUGCCAGUUCACGCCUAAGUAAGACAAUGUGUACCUCCUAAGAACCAGGGCAUUCUACAUAACCAUCGCAUUGUCAUGCACGGGGAUUUAGUGCAAGAAGAAGAACAGUUGAUGGAAGAAAAGAAAAAGAAAAAAGACGACAAGAAAAAGAAGGAAGCUGCUCAAAAGAAGGCCACUGAACAAAAAAUCAAAGUGCCAGAACAGAUAAAGCCCAGUGUAAGCCAGCCUCAGCCUGCCAACUCUAAUAACGGCACUUCCACAGCAACCAGCACUAAUAAUAAUGCCAAGCGAGCCACAGCCAACAAUCCGCAGCAGCCGCAGCCGCCGCAGCAGCCGCCACAGCCGCCACAGCAGCCGCAGCAGCCGCAGCCGCAGCCGCAGCCACCACAGGCCUUGCCUCGGUAUCCUCGGGAAGUACCACCACGAUUUCGCCACCAGGAACACAAACAGCUUCUAAAGAGGGGUCAGCAUUUUCCUGUCAUAGCAGCAAACCUGGGAUCUGCUGUUAAAGUGUUAAGCAGCCAGUCAGAAAGCAGUGCUUUAACAAAUCAACAGCCACAAAAUAACGGAGAGGUGCAGAACAGCAAAAACCAGUCAGAUCUAAACCACAAUACUUCAGGAUCCCAUUAUGAAAAUUCGCAGCGGGGACCUGUGUCUUCUCCGAGUGACUCUAGCACAAAUUGUAAGAAUGCUGUUGUGAACGACUCCCCUGAGAAAGAAGUAUGGCCCUCAGUCCCUGGCAGUGAUCCAGAGUUGGCUUCAGAAUGUAUGGAUGCUGAUUCUGUCUCCAGUUCUGAAUCAGAGAGAAACAUCACUAUCAUGGCUUCAGGGAACACAGGUGGUGAAAAAGAUGGCCUUCGGAAUAGCACUGGACUUGGUUCCCAAAACAAGUUUGUGGUUGGUAGCAGCAGCAAUAAUGUGGGCCAUGGAGGUAGUACUGGGCCAUGGGGUUUUUCCCAUGGAGCCAUAAUAAGCACAUGUCAGGUCUCUGUGGAUGCUCCUGAAAGCAAAUCAGAAAGUAGCAACAAUAGAAUGAAUGCUUGGGGCACUGUAAGUUCUUCAUCAAAUGGAGGGUUAAAUCCAAGCACUUUGAAUCCAGCUAGCAACCAUGGUGCCUGGCCAGUAUUAGAAAACAACGGACUUGCCCUAAAAGGGCCUGUAGGGAGCGGUAGUUCCGGCAUCAAUAUUCAGUGCAGUACCAUAGGCCAGAUGCCUAACAAUCAGAGUAUUAACUCUAAAGUGGGUGGUUCUGCCACCCAUGGUACCUGGGGAAGCCUUCAGGAAACUUGUGAAUCUGAAGUAAGUGGUACACAGAAGGUUUCAUUCAGUGGUCAACCUCAGAAUAUUACCACUGAAAUGACUGGACCAAAUAACACUACUAACUUUAUGACCUCUAGUUUACCAAACUCCGGUUCAGUACAGAAUAAUGAACUGCCUAGUAAUACAGGGGCCUGGCGUGUGAGCACAAUGAAUCCUCCUCAGAUACAGGCUCCGUCAGUUAUGAAUGGCACUUCCCUUUCUCACCUUAGCAAUGGAGAGUCAAAAAGUGGAGGCUCUUACGGUACUACGUGGGGUGCCUAUGGUUCUAAUUACUCUGGAGACAAAUGUUCGAGCCCUAACGGCCAAGCUAAUGGUGACACUGUGAAUGCAACUCUAAUGCAGCCUGGCAUGAAUGGGCCUGUGGGCACUAACUUUCAAGUUAACGCAAAUAAAGGAGGAGGCGUGUGGGAGUCCGGGGCAGCGGGUUCCCAGAGUGCGUCAUGGGGAAGCGGGAAUGGCGCCAGUUCUGGAGGAAGUCGAAGAGGGUGGGGAGCUCCCGCACAAAACACUGGCACUAAUCUACCCGGCGCGGAGUGGAGCAAACUGCCUAGCAAUCAGCAUUCCAAUGACAGUGCAAACGGCAAUGGUAAGAAGUUUACAAACGGAUGGAAAUCUACUGAGGAAGAGGAUCAGGGUGCUGCCACAUCCCAGACAAACGAGCAGAACAGCGUGUGGGCCAAAACAGGAGGAACAGUGGAGAGUGAAGGUAGUACAGAAAGCACUGGACGCCUCGAGGAAAAAGCAACUGGGGAAAGUCAGAGUAGAGAUAGGAGGAAAAUUGAUCAGCACACAUUACUCCAAAGCAUCGUGAACAGGACUGACUUGGAUCCACGUGUCCUCUCCAACUCUGGUUGGGGACAGACUCCGAUUAAGCAGAAUACUGCCUGGGACACCGAAACUUCACCUAGAGGGGAAAGAAAGACUGACAAUGGGACAGAGGCCUGGGGAAGCUCUGCCACACAGACUUUUAACUCAGGGGCGUGUGUAGAUAAGACUAGCCCUACUAGUAACGAUACCUCAUCUGUAUCGGGGUGGGGAGAUCCCAAACCUGCUCUGCGGUGGGGAGAUUCCAAAGGCUCGAACUGCCAGGGGGGAUGGGAAGAUGAUUCUGCUGCUACAGGAACGGUCAAGAGCAAUCAGUGGGGGAACUGCAAAGAAGAGAAGUCCACGUGGAAUGAUUCGCAAAAGAGCAAACAGGGAUGGGGUGACGGGCAAAAAUCAAACCAAGGGUGGGCCGUGUCCACCAGCGAUAACUGGGGAGAAACUUCGAGGAGUAACCAUUGGGGUGAGGCUAACAAGAAAUCUAGCUCAGGAGGUAGUGACAGUGACCGGUCCGUUUCCGGUUGGAACGAACUUGGUAAAACUAGUUCUUUUACUUGGGGAAAUAACAUAAAUCCAAAUAAUUCAUCAGGAUGGGAUGAAUCUUCUAAACCUAAUCCUUCCCAGGGAUGGGGAGAUCCUCCAAAGUCUAAUCAGUCUCUAGGUUGGGGAGAUUCGUCGAAGCCAGUCGGUUCUCCAGACUGGAACAAGCCACAAGACCUUGUCGGAUCCUGGGGGAUCCCGCCAGCUACAGGCAAACCUCCCGGUACAGGCUGGCUGGGAGGACCUAUACCAGCCCCGACAAAGGAAGAAGAGCCCACAGGCUGGGAGGAACCAUCCCCGGAAUCCAUACGUCGCAAAAUGGAGAUUGAUGACGGAACUUCGGCUUGGGGAGACCCAAGCAAGUACAACUACAAAAAUGUGAACAUGUGGAACAGAAACGUCCCGAACGGCAGCGGCCGUUCAGACCAGCAAGCACAGGUCCAGCAGCUGCUCCCGUCUGCAAGUGCCAUCUCCAGCAAAGAGGCGGGCGGCGGCUCCGGCUGGGGUGAGCCCUGGGGGGAGCCUUCUACUCCAGCCACAACUGUGGAUAAUGGUACUUCAGCAUGGGGUAAACCCAUAGACAGUGGUCCCAGCUGGGGGGAGCCCGUUGCUGCGGCAUCCAGCACGUCCACGUGGGGCUCCAGCUCUGUUGGUCCUCAAGCGUUAAGCAAAUCUGGGCCAAAAUCUAUGCAAGAUGGCUGGUGUGGUGAUGAUAUGCCAUUGCCUGGAAAUCGCCCCACUGGCUGGGAAGAGGAAGAGGAUGUAGAGAUUGGAAUGUGGAAUAGUAAUUCAUCUCAAGAGCUUAACUCAUCUUUAAAUUGGCCACCAUAUACAAAGAAAAUGUCAUCGAAGGGUCUGAGUGGCAAAAAAAGGAGAAGGGAAAGGGGAACCAUGAAAGGUGGAAACAAACAAGAAGAAGCGUGGAUAAAUCCAUUCGUUAAACAGUUUUCAAAUAUCAGUUUUUCGAGAGACUCACCAGAAGAAAACGUACAGAGCAAUAAGAUGGACCUUUCUGGAGGAAUGUUACAAGACAAACGAAUGGACAUAGAUAAACAUAGCCUAAAUAUUGGUGAUUACAAUCGAACGGUCGGGAAAGGCCCUGGUUCUCGGCCUCAGAUUUCCAAAGAGUCUUCCAUGGAGCGCAGUCCUUAUUUUGAUAAGGAUGGCAUUGUAGCAGAUGAAUCCCAAAACAUGCAGUUUAUGUCCAGUCAAAGCAUGAAGCUUCCCCCUUCAAAUAGUGCACUACCUAACCAGGCCCUUGGCUCCAUAGCAGGGCUGGGUAUGCAAAACUUGAAUUCUGUUAGACAGAAUGGCAAUCCCAGUAUGUUCGGUGUUGGAAACACAGCAGCACAAGCCCGGGGCCUGCAGCAGCCUCCAGCACAACCUCUUAGUUCAUCUCAGCCUAAUCUCCGUGCUCAAGUGCCUCCUCCAUUACUCUCCCCUCAGGUUCCAGUUUCAUUGCUGAAGUAUGCACCAAACAACGGUGGCCUGAAUCCGCUCUUUGGCCCUCAACAGGUAGCCAUGCUGAACCAGCUAUCCCAACUAAACCAGCUUUCUCAGAUCUCCCAGUUACAGCGAUUGUUAGCGCAGCAGCAAAGGGCGCAGAGUCAGAGAAGCGUGCCUUCUGGGAACCGGCAGCAGCAAGACCAGCAGGGUCGACCUCUUAGUGUGCAGCAGCAAAUGAUGCAGCAGUCUCGCCAACUGGACCCCAACCUGUUGGUGAAGCAACAGACCCCGCCAGCUCAGCAGCAGCCACUCCAUCAGCCAGCCAUGAAACCUUUCCUCGAGAACGUCAUGCCCCACACUACACCCGAGCUGCAGAAAGGGCCGUCACCAAUAAAUGCUUUCAGCAACUUCCCUAUAGGCUUGAACUCAAACUUGAAUGUAAAUAUGGAUAUGAACAGUAUUAAAGAGCCACAGUCAAGACUAAGGAAGUGGACUACAGUGGACAGCAUUUCUGUGAACACAUCUUUGGAUCAAAACUCCAGCAAACAUGGUGCUAUUUCAAGUGGUUUCAGGCUGGAAGAGUCUCCGUUUGUUCCCUAUGACUUUAUGAACAGCAGUACUUCUCCAGCCAGUCCUCCAGGUUCAAUAGGAGACGGCUGGCCACGUGCCAAAUCGCCUAACGGCUCUAGCAGUGUUAAUUGGCCACCAGAAUUUCGCCCUGGUGAACCAUGGAAAGGUUAUCCAAACAUCGACCCUGAAACUGACCCUUACGUCACUCCUGGCAGUGUCAUAAACAAUCUUUCAAUUAAUACUGUGCGGGAAGUUGACCACCUCAGGGACAGGAACAGUGGGUCAUCCUCAUCCUUGAACACCACGCUGCCUUCAACUAGUGCCUGGUCAUCCAUUCGUGCCUCCAACUACAACGUUCCCCUCAGCAGUACAGCACAAAGCACUUCAGCCAGAAAUAGUGAUUCCAAAUUGACAUGGUCUCCUGGUUCAGUUACAAACACCUCUCUGGCUCAUGAGCUGUGGAAGGUCCCUUUACCACCUAAAAACAUCACUGCUCCGUCCCGCCCACCUCCGGGACUGACUGGUCAGAAGCCACCCUUGUCUACGUGGGAUAACUCUCCCCUUCGUGUAGGUGGAGGAUGGGGAAAUUCUGACGCCAGGUAUACCCCAGGUUCCAGCUGGGGUGAGAGCAGCUCAGGGAGAAUAACAAAUUGGCUUGUUCUAAAGAACCUUACACCUCAGAUCGAUGGCUCAACUCUGCGUACUCUGUGCAUGCAGCACGGCCCACUGAUAACAUUCCACCUGAACCUCCCACAUGGAAAUGCUCUGGUCCGUUACAGCUCAAAAGAAGAGGUAGUGAAGGCACAGAAGUCUCUGCACAUGUGUGUAUUGGGGAACACUACUAUUCUUGCUGAGUUUGCCAGUGAAGAGGAGAUCAGCCGUUUCUUUGCACAAAGUCAGUCUCUGACCCCUUCUCCCGGCUGGCAGUCUCUCGGGUCCAGCCAGAGCCGGCUGGGCUCCCUCGACUGUUCGCACUCGUUCUCCAGCCGGACCGAUCUCAAUCACUGGAAUGGUGCUGGGCUGUCGGGAACGAGCUGUGGAGACCUUCACGGCACUUCACUCUGGGGGGCCCCCCAUUAUUCCACAAGCCUGUGGGGGCCUCCCAGCAGCAGCGACCCCCGGGGAAUGAGCAGCCCGUCCCCCAUUAAUGCUUUUCUUUCUGUUGACCACCUGGGUGGGGGUGGAGAGUCCAUGUAGCGCGUAGACGCAGACUCACGAACUGUGACCUCAAGACGCGAAAGAAAGGAGCACUAAGUUGGGCUCGCCGCCUGCAGCCAGGGGCCACCUGUGGGAACAGCUAUUCUCUGCACAUUUUCCACUUUGUUUUCCCUGAAACAUAUCAGUUUGAAUACUUGAAUCAUGCAGGCCAAUAUUAUAAUGUGAAAAGGUAUCUAUCUAUUUACACUCCCAAAUAGCGCCAUACAUGCUAAACCGUAUAGAAUGAGCUCACGUGUAUAGUCAUCAUGUUUAGCCUUUGGGUUUGGUUUCUUUUUGUUUUUUUGUUUUUUGCCUUCCUUGUUUCCCUCCCCGUCCCUUACCCCAUUUUCAUUUUCUUCCCCCCCCUUUUCUUUUUUUUCUUUUCCUUUUUUUUUUUUUUUUUUGGCAAAACCAUUUUUUUGGGCUGAUAAUGUAUGAGCUUUUAACUUUGCACUGAAUGAUGUUCUCUCCGUCUCAUCGGCAAUAUGGGGGGGCAGCUGUUCCAGUGUAAAUGUUUACUCAAGGAUGUUCUUAAAAGGUGUGCGCUCUCUACUAUGCCUUGAUGUUUGCCUACCUUAUUGUGGUGUUGUGGAGUUUAAAACAUCGAGUUCUGAUGCUGACUUAGGACUAUAAUGAAAGUAUUGCACCAGUGUUUUCAUGUUCUAAAACUAAAGAAUUUCGCUCUGCAGUUUGAAAAACUGUGGCCACAGCUGUGACUUGCAGCCCCCCCUGCCACCCAGGACGGGCCCUGCACUUUGAAUAGGCUUUCCAUUUUGUUUUGAAGGUUCCCACGUUGAACCUUCUUGUUUACAGAUUUUUUUGUUUGUUUUUUGAGAAAAAAAAAAUGUUUACUCUUCCAUCAUUUAAAAAAAAUGUAAAAGACAAAAAAAAAAAAAUGGAGGAUGAUUUACAAGAUGCUUUCUAUCUCUGGGAAAAAGGAGCAGCAUUUGGCCAUGUCCUUUUGUUUUUCUAUUCCUGUCCUAAAUCGAAGAGCAUGGUUCUCAGGAAAACCAGUUCCCCAGUUAGGAAAAAAUAAAAAAAUAAAAAGUUAAAAAAAAAAAAAAAACCUCCUUGUAGUUUCUUAUAGGAAAAAAAGAAAACCCCGACUUUUAGCACUGAUACUACACAUUGCUCUGUUCAAGAAUUUUCUCUGCCAAAAAUAAAAAAAAAUAAAAAAGAAGAAAAAACAAAAAAAAAACGCUUGAAGCUGGAGUCGACAUUCUGCUUUCAGAUGCUGUCUUUUUAUUAGUGAGUGAUGAUGGUUUGCUAAUAAUCGAUAGGUGAUAAUAAUUUUUGUAAUCCCAUCAAGUGGCUCUCUGUUUCUGCUCUCUUGUGACUGUGUUAAUGUUGAACUGUUGUACCUUAAAGCCGAAAUCAGUAACUAUGCAUACUGUAGCCACGGUAUUGGGCUCACAGAAUUGUUCGUUGUAUAAAGAUUUUAAAUGUUGUUGCAAACUAACGAGUUACACCGUUUUUAAACUUCCUUUCUCUCCUCGCCCCCCCCCCCCUUUUUUGCCCACAAAUGGUAUUAUAAUGCUUGCUUAGUCAAAGAAGACGGGCCAAACGAGGGUAAACAUUUUAACAGCGCAGAAUUUGCCAUCAUUUCAUUGCCUUGAUGCUAACUGUUUGUGUCCUAAGAUGCAAAAGAAGUCAGUGGCUUUUAACUGUUUACAAAUAGAAUGUGAUUGUAAAAUGUACAGUUUGGUUGUGUUUGAAUUAUGAAAUCCCUCCCAAUAUAAUAAACCAUGACUUUUUGGCUGCUCAA